UUCUUAAAAGUGAACUAUUAAUCUUUGUAGUGGUUAAUUAAUAAUUUGUAACUUUUUCAAAAGGUGGCCACUGUUGCAACUCCCCAGCCUUCAGCCCCUACAUCCUCAGCCACUUUUGCUGGACCAGCUACCCCUGCUGGAUCAAAGGGAAGGGUAUUUGUAAGCCCUCUUGCAAAGAAAUUGGCAGCAGAGAAAGGAAUUGACCUUACACAAGUAAAAGGAACGGGACCAGAUGGCAGAAUCAUCAAGAAGGAUAUUGACUCUUUUGUGCCUACUAAAGCUGCUCCUGCCCCAGCCGCUGCUGUGCCUCCCCCAAGUCCAGGAGUAGCACCAGUUCCUACAGGUGUCUUCACAGAUAUCCCAAUCAGCAACAUUCGCCGAGUUAUUGCACAGAGGUUAAUGCAGUCGAAGCAAACCAUACCUCAUUAUUACCUUUCUAUUGAUGUAAAUAUGGGAGAAGUCUUGUUGGUACGGAAAGAACUUAAUAAGAUGUUAGAAGAGAAAACCAAAAUUUCUGUCAAUGACUUCAUUAUAAAAGCUUCAGCUUUGGCAUGUUUAAAAGUUCCUGAAGCAAAUUCUUCCUGGAUGGACACAGUUAUAAGGCAAAAUCACGUUGUUGAUGUCAGUGUUGCUGUUAGUACUCCUGCAGGACUAAUCACGCCUAUUGUGUUCAAUGCGCAUAUAAAAGGACUGGAGACCAUUGCUACUGAUGUUGUUUCUUUAGCAACCAAAGCGAGAGAGGGCAAACUACAGCCACACGAGUUCCAGGGUGGUACUUUUACAAUCUCCAAUUUAGGAAUGUUUGGAAUUAAGAAUUUCUCUGCCAUUAUUAACCCACCUCAAGCAUGUAUUUUGGCAGUUGGUGCUUCUGAGGAUAAAUUGGUUCCAGCAGAUAAUGAAAAAGGAUUUGAUGUGGCUAGCAUGAUGUCUGUUACACUCAGUUGUGAUCAUCGAGUUGUGGAUGGAGCAGUUGGAGCCCAGUGGCUUGCUGAGUUUAGAAAGUACCUUGAAAAACCUAUAACCAUGCUGUUAUAAUUAACUCAAGAAUUUCCAGACCCUUCCAGUGUCAACAGAUUUUGGAAGAUUCAGGUGUAAUCUGUACUUCUCAGAGACUUCCAUCAGUAAAUCAUCCUAAGAAUAACAAGUUGAGAAACUUAAAACUUGAAAACAGAAGAAUAUGUCUUAAGAGUUUGAGCUAAUGGAUUUCUGUUCUAUAUUCACUCCCAUAAGAGGAUCCUACUUACUGUCAUGUGACUUGCAACAGGCAAUAAAAUUACUAUUGUAAAUUCCUACCUUAAGAUUAUUUCUGCCCAAUACAUAGUGUUUGACAUAGUACCAGAAGUAGAAUGUUGCCAUUCCACAUUAACGUGGUACUGUUUUCAGGUUAACCAGCAAACAGCAAGGAAACUUACUGGGGCCUGAAAGAUGGUGAUCCAUGAUAGUAAUAAAGCUCUCAGUGAAACUACCAUGAGGAUUUGUGGCCUUAGGUGAAUAAGUGAGCAAUACAG